CAUGUAGCAGGUGUUAUGCGCUACUGCGGCCACAGGUGUCGCCAGGGCUCCCCUGUGGUAGCCAGUUGAGCCGCAGCAGCAGCAGCAGCAGCAGCGGCAGCAGCAGGAGGACCUAGUCCACUCCACACUCUCCAUGUUGAAAGGGAACAACUUCUCCUCCAGCCUGAGCCGACACAGCCACGCCACAGCCCGCCUUGCCCGCUGCCCCCCCCACAGCCCAGCUGUCUCACCCAGCCCCUGUGCUAUGACGCCGGACUGCGAAGUAAGCUCGGAAACAACUGUAUGAGCGCCACGCUGGUCGACGCAGAGUGAGACAGGCUGCUCCAACAAAGGCAUCUGGAUGCGGUGUCUCCUGCAGCUCAGGUGAAAGAUAUGAGAGGCUCGAAGUUUGGUGAGAAGUUGGCUUAUUCCCUCUCUCACUGUCCCUCGCUGGGAAAGAAAGUUGGAGGAAUCCGGUGAUCCGGAGAUUAGAUGUGGGAGAGAGGACACGCGGGUUGUCAGGAUGAAGGAGGAGAAUUUAUUCCAUCGGAGGUUUUCUCUGUGCCCCAAUGCCACCUCCCCACCCAAAAUUGACCCUCGCACCCUCACCCGGAACCUGUCAUAUGGAGGAGACAAUGACCUCUACAGCCUCAGCCCAGGCAGUGAGACAGACAGGAACGGUCUCUCCAUGCUGAGUAAUGAACUUAGUCCUGCCCAAUCACCAGGCAGCAAGUCUGAGUCCAGGAUGUUUAAUGGUGUCGAGAAGGACUGCCCCUCCCCCACAGAGAAGCUGGCCCGGAAGGAGUCUCUUAAGGUCCAAAAGCAGAAUUACAGGCAAGAAAAGAAACGGGCAGCUAAAGAACUGUUUAGCGCACUAAAAGAUCCAAGUGUUGUCAUCAUGUCCAACUGGCUAAAGAUCCGUGGCUCUUUGAAGAGUUGGACUAAACUGUGGUGUGCCCUGAAGCCUGGAGUUCUUUUGAUCUAUAAGACCCCAAAAUCAGACCACUGGGUGGGCACCAUCCUGCUCAGUGCGUGCAAGCUGAUUGAGAGACCCUCCAAGAAGGACGGCUUCUGCUUCAAGCUCUACCACCCACUGGAAAAAUCCAUCUGGGCUGUCAAGGGUCCCAAAGGAGAGAACGUUGGCUCCAUCACUCAGCCUCUACCCAGCAACUACCUGAUCUUCAGAGCAGCAUCUGAGUCUGACGGUCGCUGCUGGAUGGAUGCCUUGGAGCUGGCUCUUAGCUGCUCCAGUCUCUACAAGCUGACAGCCAAAGGUGGGAGAGAAGCAGAUAUUAGCACGUCUUCAGAGUCCUCCCAUAUACUCCACCUGCUGCAGUCUACCGGACUCAGUGAUACAGAGCUGCUACAAUUAAAUGACACUGUGCUGCUGGGCAAUCACCACAUGGAGCAUGACGGCUUUUCAGACAAAUCUGAGCGUGAGGCUCACGAUGACUGGUACACUACGGCCAAUGAGAAUGGUGGAAGGUUGACAGAGGAGAGCGACAUGGACCAAUCAGACGAGCUGUCCCCCGGGCCGCAGGCCACAGCCUAUGUAGAGCAGAGCACAGAGGAGAUGGCUGAGGCUGGGGAGGCGUCCCAGGUAGAAACCGUAUCAGAGGAGAACAAGGGUCUGAUCUGGGGCCUGCUGAAGCAGCUGCGGCCGGGCAUGGACCUCUCCAAAGUGGUACUGCCCACCUUCAUCCUGGAGCCACGCUCUUUCCUGGACAAGCUGUCUGACUAUUACUAUCAUGCUGAUCUGCUCUCACAAGCUGUGCUGGAGGAAAGCGCAUAUGGACGGAUGAAGCAGGUGUUGAGGUGGUACUUGUCUGGCUUCUACAAGAAGCCCAAGGGUCUGAAGAAGCCUUAUAAUCCAAUCCUGGGGGAGACAUUUCGCUGCUGCUGGCUUCAUCCUCAAACCGACAGCUGCACUUUCUACAUAGCUGAACAGGUGUCCCACCAUCCACCCAUCUCUGCCUUUUAUAUCUGCAAUAGGAAGGAUGGUUUUUCUAUCAGUGGGAGCAUCCUGGCAAAGUCAAAGUUCUAUGGUAACUCUCUGUCAGCUAUUCUGGAUGGCAAAGCCAGGCUGCUGUUCAUGAGCAGGGGCGAGGAGUAUGUCAUCACCAUGCCCUAUGCUCACUGCAAAGGUAUCUUGUAUGGCACUAUGACACUAGAGCUGGGUGGAAAGGUUACGAUCGAGUGUGAGAAAACCAAAUGUUUCACAGAGCUGGAGUUCAAGCUCAAGCCUUUCCUUGGAGGUGCCUGCUCUGUGAAUCAGAUCAGCGGGAAGAUUUCUGUCGGAGAGGAGCAACUGGCCACUGUCGAUGGACACUGGGACAGUGAGGUGUUCAUUCAUGAGAAGCGCUCAGGGCAGCAGGAGUCGUUAUGGAACCCGAGCCCAGACAUUCGCAGCAGCCGACUCAAGAGACAAGUGGUCCAAAUAGAUCAGCAGGGAGAGUUUGAGUCUGAAAGACUGUGGCAGCAUGUGACCAGUGCCAUCAUGGAUCGGGACCAGUUGCGGGCGACCCAGGAAAAGUUUGUGCUGGAGGAAGCUCAACGAAAAGAGGCCAGGGAGAGAGGAGACAAACCCUGGAACCCACGACUUUUCCAUCAGGACCCCGUCACCUCCGAGUGGACCUACAGGCACAUGGAUGUGCAGCCAUGGGACCCUGAGCGCUGUCUGGUUCAAUUUGAGAAGGACGGAGUGAUUCAAACGCACGAGAAAAGCCAAAGGCAACACAACGGACUCUCGUACAGCCACAGCUGGGCCAGCCAACAGAAGGCUGAGGUGAACGGAAAACGUAGGAAGGCCAGCAGCCAGCCGUCCAGCUGCAGCCAGAACACCGAGAGCAGCAGCACCACGCCAGAGCCUACACACGAGUCCUCGGACAAUGAAGGUUUCUCAAACCAGUGCGCACGGUGCAAUAAAGAGGUGAAGGACAUCGCCCUGAUAGAGGCUUCCAUCACAUCCAUACAGAAGACACAGCAGGACAUCCAGAGGAACCUGGUGGCUCUGAGUCGUCAGCUGGCUCGUCAGAGAGCGACAGACGACGGUGUGUCGUUAACAGGCCGUCACUGCCUCAUCCUCUGUGUUCUGCUCCUCUCACAGCUCCUCCUCAACUACGUCUUCACCUGAGCCCCGCUCCUCGUGGUGGUGGUGGUGGGGAGGGAGGGGAGUUCCCCUCCGGCACUGAUCUGUCAUUAGAUCCCUCCAAAAAGCACAGACUCUAAUCAGCAGAUGUGGGCAGAGACCUCAGAUCAGUGUUAGGAGGGCAACUUUGUUCCCUCUUUUUUGUUUCCUCUAAGAGGGGAGGAGCACGGACAUUAUAGCAAUAAACACAGCCACAGCCGCCGCCUGUCAGUCAUCUGCAGAGAGCAACGGCACCCCCUAGUGUAGCCAGACUGAAACAGCACCGGCACCCACGCACUUUGGAUAGCAACAGAGGGAUGAAAGACAAGCAUGUCAAAAAAAAAAAAAAAAAGAUUUUGAAUAAAAAGAAUGAAAUGUAUGAUGAAGGAUGAUUUUGCAAAAAGAAAUGACAGAGAGGAUGUUUCACCAUUCCUUAGUGUCUUUUUAUAUUGCCCUGCAAUACUGUCUAUCUGUUAGUGUGCCUGUAUGUGUGUUGUUCGUACCUACAGUACAGUAGGCCCUAUGGGCGCAGGCAGAUCACCGCUUGGGACUUCUCCUACUCCCCUUCCACUCCAAAUUUUUUGGGCCUUAACGCUGAAGCCAAAAAAAGAAGAAGAAGAAAAACACAACGUAUACAAAAUGAAGAAGGAAUAUCUUCCAACAGUGCAAUUCUAUGUGUUUUGUAUCGAUGUACGCUCAAAUACACUCUGUCUCAUCUUUUAAUGAUGAUGAUUUUACCAAAACAGUAUUUAUAAUCCGAAAGGACAAAGAGUACUUGUUUACAGGGAGCACUGUGUGUGUUUGUAGUGACACAUGGGAAGGAAGGGUAAUGGGAACGACGCAUGGCAGAGAGCCAAACAGUGUCCUUGUAUUUGUGUGCCUGUAGUGCUGUAACAGAAAGGAUAAUAGCAUAGCACUGCUUUGGUCUAGACCAUGACACUAGUGUGUACAAUCAGUUACAUAGAGAAGCAGCACGUGGAGGAAGGGACAGAGGGAACGAGUGGGGACGAAAACAAAAGAAUCAAAUACUUUGGCCUAAUAGAAGGAGUUUGUUUGUGCAUCUUGGUCCACACCAUGUUCAUGUGACUGUUUUUAAGAUGUAAACACUUAGUAAUGAGUUGUUUUUCUUUUCUUUUAAUCAAUUUGUAUAUAUUUGUCUUGAGAUCUGUGUUUCAAAAAGAGAUUUCAGAAUGUAUUUAUUGGGUGAUUAACCUUGACUUUCCUAAUCUAAUUCAGCUUGGAGGACGGAGACCAGGGGCGACAAUCGCUCUCCCAGGGUGUGGGUUAUUCAUAUUAGUGUAUGUGUGUAUGUAUGUGAAUGUUUGUGUGUGUGUGUGUGUGUCAGUGUGAGGGAGCACAUGUGUGCGAGUAAGCCAUUAUGGUUGUACUGUACAAAGCGAGGUCUGUGAUCUUGGCUUUUACUGGUUUUUACCCCUUGCAUUUCAGUCUCCAUUGCCAGUACUGAUCUACCCGAUGGGAGAGACUCUGGGAGCACAAAGAAGGAAGUUCGACUCUUUGAAUGCUUUUAUUUACACCUUAAUUUGUUUAUUCUUUUCAUUCUUUUCCUGUUUUCUACUCUACUGCCAUGUUGUGGGGAUUCUACAUGCCAGAUAUUUUUGUCAAAUGGAACGAAACUACAGAGAACAUGAUGUUGGAGACGUUUUCAUUCAUACCUGUUGCGUACUGUAGCACUACAGUAAAACAUUUUAACCCUA